ACUCACUCACCUGCUCCCUAUAACAACAUCUACUGCUUCUAAGAUGAUGUGGUCACUAGGUCGGGUGGUGCUGGUGGUGGUACUGAUGGUAGCGAUGGUGUCAGCUGAUCCCAAGGCUGACCCCAAGGCUGACCCCAAGGCUGAUCCUAAGGCCGACCCCAAGGCUGACCCUAAAGCUCACCCCAUAGCUCACCCCAAGGCUGAUCCUAAGGCUGAUCCUAAGGCUGACCCCAAGGCCGACCCCAAGGCUGACCCUAAGGCUGACCCCAAGGCCGACCCCAAGGCUGACCCUGAGGCUAGCUACCCUGAGCCCUGCUACCCGGUGACCAAGUAUGUGGAAGCCUACCAGACACAAAUCCAGCACUACCCAGUGUACCAGACCGCCUACCAGCAGCAGAUCGUCCCUACCACCCUCUACAAGACAAACUACCAAACUCAAUACCAGACCAAGUACCAGACCCAGUACGUUCCCAAAUACGUCACACAGGUCGUCUACACAACCAAAGUCAACUACGUCACCAAGUACCAGACCCAAUACCAGACCCAGUACCAAACCCAGUACGUCACCGUGCCUCAAGUCGUCCCUACCUACGUCACAGACACCCGGUACAAAACCCGAGUCCAAACCCAAGUAGCCUACGAGACGCUUUACAAGACCCAGUACACCCCAGUAUAUGUGACUGAGACCCUAGUAAAGUACCAGACCCUCUACGACGAGCAACCAGUACCUCACUACGUCACGGUGGCUAAGAACAUCGUAGCCUACAAGACAGUCUGUCCCAAGGUAGGCUACGGGUACCACUGAGGCCUCCCACCACCACAACAACAACAACGCCAAAAUGAACAACUCACGUCUCAGAUUCUCCCAAAAAACUAUCGUAAGGUUUAAUUCAUCUUUCCUUUACUAAAUAAACAAUGAAACUAAAUCCCUUUAUGCUUCAUGAUGGCUGCUAACCUAACCUAACCUAACCUAACUUAACCUAACCUAACCUAACCUAACCUAACCUAACCUAACCUAACCUAACCUAAUCUUAAUACGCUGUCUUAUAUUGACUUAAGG